CUCCAGAGGAGCGGCGCGCCACGUCGGUGACCCUGCCCCUGCUCGGCGCGCCACUGCGGGGCUGCGCCACUGCGGGACCAUCAUCAGCUCUAGAUGAAAGCAGCGCGGCCUCGCCAACAUGCUGGUGCUGUGGACCAUCCUGCUGGCGUGCGCGCCGGGUGGACAGGCCGCCAUCAUCCCGGACCAGGUGGUGUCCUUCAUGCACAUCCUGUACUCCACCAUCCCCGUCAUCCGGAAAGGCACCGACUCCCGAGUGGGCUUCGGCUUCCGCUUCGGGCCGCACGCCGACGCCCAGGUGCUGCUGGAGCUGGGCCCGCAGAAGCGCACCGAGCAGCUCACGCAGAUCACCACCACGACGGCGGGGCCCGACGACUUCCAGUUCGGCGUCGGCAAGCGCCACCUGGGGGACCCGCUGCACGACGGCGACGGCGACGCGCUGCCCGAGCUGGGGCACAACCACAUCCAGGGACGAUCGCAGGGGGCCAUCCUGCGGGCCCUGCGGCAGCUGUGGGAGGCCGGCGCCAGGGCGGCCAACUUGGGCUGA